AUGCUGAGCCUAAUCCUCCCAGUCAUCGCUUUUGCGCUGAGCCCCGCCACACAGCGAGUUGGCCGCCGCGAGUUUGCGCAUCUCCUCUGCAGGGCCGGCGUGGCGAGCGCCGUCGGCUCACUUCCGCCUGCGUUUGCGAGCGCUCGAACACAAGCCCCGCUCCUGGCGAUACGGAGCGCCUGGGACAGCGGCGAGGGCGCGUGUGCUCUCCGGCCGCUGGUGGAGGCGGCGGCCGCCUCGCCCGAUGCCAGGGCGGCCGCAGCGGCAGCCUCGGGUAGCACCGCGGGCUGGGCCGGGCUGUGGGUCGCACGCAUCGAGCACUUCGAGAAGGUGCGUUUUGCAGGCCUGCGGGUGCGGCCUCACUACGACCUGACUGCCGACGGCAACAUCGUGUCGCACGUCCACGUCGCACUCGGCCCUGUCAAGGGCUGGCUCUCCGCUUCCGGGAGGAUGGCUCCAGCGUCAAGCUCCAGCGUCAAGUUGGUUUUCGACGACUUUUGGGUGGGCGGCGACUCGCCAUCACCGCGAGCGGCACCGCAGGAGGACAGCGCGAGCCUCGUCGACGCGGCGACCCGCGCCAUCGGCCGCGCCUCCUUCUUCGAGGGCCUGGCCGAUUUUCCAGUCGACUAUGCGGACCUAGAGGACGGCCUUGUCGCCUUCCGGUUCACGCCGCUCAACUCGUGCAUCGUGGCGGAGCGGCAGCCGGCGGGGAGCACGCCGCAGCGCUGCGUGUGA